AUGAGCGGAAUAACAGUUGAGAUCAGUUCUUUGCAGGGAACAUACAAAAGAAUCAGAAGGGUACACAAAAUUCCUAUUUUUUCUGUCGCCCCACCAGUCGCCGCCCCGCACAGAAGCGGUAACAUCAUUCCUCCCAUUCCUUCUGUCCAACAUCAAAUCUACAUCAUCCCCGAACACAACGUCGGUUUCUUCCUUUCGCAAGAACAACACCUUUUAUUGCUAGUUUCGCUUUUUAAACAAUUCACCCAGAAGAAAAUCGCAGCAAUGGCCCUCAGAGCUCAGUUCGAGAAUUCAAAUGAAGUCGGUGUUUUUGCGACGCUUACAAAUUCGUACGCGCUCGUCGCUACAGGGGGAUCGAUGAACUUCUACAGUGUUUUCGAGGCUGAAUUGGCGGAUAUCAUUCCCAUAUGCCACACCACCAUCGCCGGAACCAGAAUUGUUGGAAGAUUGACCGCUGGAAACCGAAAAGGACUCCUAGUUCCCACUUCAACAACUGAUCAGGAGCUGCAGCAUCUCAGGAACUCAAUUCCAGAGUCAGUGAAGAUUCAGCGUAUCGAGGAACGGUUAUCAGCGCUUGGAAACGUUAUCUGCUGUAACGACCACGUCGCCUUGGUCCAUCCCGACAUUGAGCGCGAGACAGAGGAGAUCAUUGCGGAUAUCUUGGGAGUUGAGGUCUUCAGACAGACUAUCUCCGAGAACGUCCUUGUCGGUUCCUACUGCUCCCUCUCCAACCAGGGCGGUAUCGUCCACCCCAAGACCUCAAUAGAGGAUCAAGACGAGCUUUCAUCACUUCUUCAAGUCCCCCUAGUCGCCGGUAGUGUUAACCGUGGUUCCCCCGUCGUCGGCGCAGGAAUGGUUGUCAACGACUGGAUGGCUGUUACUGGACUUGACACCACUGCGACAGAACUGUCAGUUGUGGAGAGUGUCUUCAAGCUCGGAGAGGGCAUGGGGCCUGGAAAUGUCCAAGGAUCACUGAGAGAUACUAUGGUGGAGACAUUUUAUUAA